GGGUCUCAAGGAGAUCAAACAUAGAUGAAGCGGACGCUCUCUGUUUUUUAAAAUGAGUACUGUCUCUAUGGUACAGCUGCCAACUGUCCCUUCCACAGGACUUUUUGCAAAUCCUUACGCAAUCGAGGUACUAAAGACCAAAAAACAAGAACUUGUAGACGGGAUCCAGAAUCCGGAUAAUCUCCUCAGUUGGCUCGUCGACCAUGGAAUAUUCUCUCCGGGAAAAAAAGUGGCAAUGUCUUAUUACAAGACCAGAACGGAGAAGAACUCCAGGCUGCUGGACAUUUUGGUGUCUAAAGGUGAGCGGGCCUGUCGCCUUUUUUUCUUUCCUUGUCUUAAGCAAAUCGAGCCCCCUUUGUAUAACAGCAUGAGACAAUAUGUCAGUACGGUGAAUGAGAUGAUUGGAGAUGGCAGAAGGCAGCUGGUGGGAUAUUUGCUGGAGAGAGACAAAGAGGAUCUUAAGAAACCUCCCAAGGAAAAGGUGGAGAAAACGUCCAAAAGGGAGAUUCUACCCAAAAUUGAAAGGACCCCGAGGAAAUUGCCUGAUGGGGAAGUUAAUGACAAGAGAAAGAGUAGUUUAUCUCAGAUCCCCAAAGGAACAACCAGAGGAACACCCAGAGGAACACCCAGAGGAACACAAGGAGCUUCAGUCUUUGAUGCUGUCAAAAGUGGGGACCUCUCGCUUCUGGAGGAGAUGUUAAAGGGGUCGGAUAUUAAUGCUGUAAAUUCAUUGGGUGAAACUCUUUUGCACGUGGCUGCAGCUAAUGGCCACGUUCCCGUCAUCGAGUUUUUAAUCGCCAGAGGAGCUAAAGUAGAUGCCAGAGACCGUAAAAAGAGGACACCGCUGCACAAAGCUUCUGAGAAUGGACAUUCCGAGGCCGUCGCGGUUCUGCUCCGGGCCGGAGCUAACAUUUACGGCUUGGAUGGCGACUCCCAAACCGCCGUCCACCUGGCCGCACGGAACAAUCAUCGAAAAGUACUGAAGGUCUUUCUGGACGAGGAAGCCAGACGUUACAAAAACAGACGCAACUUUUUACAUAUGGCGGCCGAGAAGGACGAUAGCCAACUGGUGAAGUUGCUUUUGGAAAAUGGAGCGCCGGUGGACGCUGUUGAUGACAAACGGCGCACCGCUUUGUUUAACGCUGUUUCUGCAGGGCAUGAAGCCACCGUUAAAGUAUUACUAGAAAACGGAGCGUCCGUUGACUCCGGCAUUAUCGACGCAGCCUUUAGUACCAACAAUGAAGCCAUUUUUGGGUUACUUCUGGAAUAUUCCAAAGGACUGUCUCCCGACACCAUGAUAUCCGCGUUAUUUAAAGCCGUCAAGAUGAAUCUGUCCGGAAUAAUCAACGCGUUAGUCGAUAAGGGUGCUGAGGUUAACGCCAGGAACGACAUUGAAUAUACGCCUUUGCUGUUGGCCGCCGAACUCGGAAAGCCCGAAGCCGCGCAGGCUUUGGUCGAGAAGGGCGCCCAUCUUGAUGUCCGGACGCCAAAUCAGAACACGGCUUUACACUUAGCCGUCCAAGGAGGAAAUGUUUCCAUUGCAAAGCUCCUCAUCCGUAAGGGGAUGAAUAUUAAUAUCACCGGCCCUGGAGACCAAACUCCGAUUCAUGUGGCUGCUUUCCAUAACAAGCAAGACAUCGUCGAUGUUUUAAUUGAUGCCGGAGCCAACGUGAAUGCCGUAACCAAAGACUUAGUGACUCCUCUGCAUAUCGCAAGCCAGAGGGGCAACCUCGAUGUCGCCCAACGUCUUCUACACCACCGAGCCAACGUCAACGCCAAGGACAAGGGUUCAAGGACGCCCUUGCGUCUCGCUGUUGACGGCGGCAACGGAGAUCUGGUGCAAUUGCUUCUAAAUAAUAAAUCGGACCCCAACGUUACAGAUAAAGAUAAAAAGACCCCACUGCACGUGGCCGCAGCCGCUGGACAGGUGGAGAUGGUGGAAGCCAUGUUGAGGAGCCAAGCAAGGUCUACAGCCAAAGACAUGGACGGCUGCACGCCCGUUCACUACGCCGCGGCCGCGGGAAGCGCUGACAUAGUUAGAGCGCUGAUGAAAGCUGGAAAGAAUAAAAAUGUGGACGAUAAAAACGUUUGGAGAAAAACCCCACUGCACGUGGCGGCUGAGCACGGCCACAGCGACCUCAUCGGCCUGUUUUUAAACAACGGGGCAGCUGUAAAUUCUCUGGACAACAACAGAGACACCCCGCUUCACUGCGCGUGCAGAGCCGGGCACCUGUCCUCGGUGCAGACGCUCGUGGGGUGGGCGCAAGGAGAAAAAGCCAACUUGCAGCUCACCAACGGUCUGAAGAAGACACCGCUGCAGGUUGCGGAGUCCGGAACCACCGACAGCCACCAGCAAAUCGUCACCUUCCUGAAAAAGAAAAUGCACUUAAUCAAAUAAUACAUCGUAUUAAAACAGCUGACCGCAGGAAAUACGAUACCCUUUGGAGAUUUUGUUUACGGGUUGUCAUUGUGAUUAUCUUUAGAUGGAGAAAUGAUACCCAGUGGGUUAAAUGCGAGGUCUGGCAGCUUGCAGUCGUAUGCUUUGUUGUUGGAUUGCAACUCACAUCAUUCUCAGGCAGCCACGACCGAUUGCUGA